GCUGGCUUAUUCUGCAAACCCGGGGCGUGGACAGAUUUUCCGGAAGCGUCCGGCCUCGCGGGUUGGGCGGUGGGCCGUCGGGGGUGUGGCCGCCGCCGACCCCGCCUCCGCGGGCUCCCUGCGGCGGUGGUCGCUCAGCUCUCGGCUCGGAUCUCGGCUCAGGCCCGCAUCGCCGCCCGCGCCCGCCUGCUUACCGGACCAUGGCCCACGCGGAGCGCACCUUCAUCGCCAUCAAGCCCGACGGCGUGCAGCGCGGCCUGAUGGGCGAGAUCAUCAAGCGCUUCGAGCAGAAGGGAUUCCGCCUUGUGGCCAUGAAGUUCCUUCAGGCCUCUGAGGAGCUCCUGAAGCAGCACUACCUUGACCUGAAAGACCGCCCAUUCUUCCCAGGGCUGGUGAAGUACAUGAACUCAGGGCCGGUUGUGGCCAUGGUCUGGGAGGGCCUGAAUGUAGUGAAGACAGGGAGAGUGAUGCUUGGGGAGACCAACCCAGCGGAUUCUAAGCCAGGCACCAUUCGUGGCGACUUCUGCAUUCAAGUUGGCAGGAACAUCAUUCAUGGCAGUGAUUCAGUAAAAAGUGCUGAGAAAGAAAUCAGCCUGUGGUUUAAGCCUGAAGAACUGGUUGAGUACAAGUCUUGUGCUUUUGACUGGAUAUAUGAAUAAGAGGUGGACGGAGCAUCAGUCCCCUCUGGCACCAACUGAUGUGUCCCUGGGCACAGCUCUUCAUUCCACUAACUUGGAAGCAGUAGGAUGGAUGUUUCUUUCCUAAAGUAUAUCUACCAAUAAAGCCUUUGAAAACGG